AUGACUCCAUUUCAAGUUGUUUAUGGUUUUAACCCCCUAACCCCUUUAUAUUUUACUCCUCUUUCUCAAGAUGUUGUGUUAAGCUUAGAUGGGAGUAAGCAAGAUGACGCCAUGAAGAAGCUUCAUGAAAAGGUGCGGCUGCACUUAGUGAAGAAGAACCAAAAUGUAACCAAAAGGGCUAACAAGGGUCGUAAGAGGGUCGUGUUUGAACCGGGUAUUUGGGUGUGGGUACACUUUCGCAAGGAACGAUUCCCCACCCAUCGCAAGACGAAGCUGAUGCCGAGAGGUGAUGGACCAUUUCCAGUGCUUGAGCGGCUCAAUGACAGCGCCUACAAGGUUGCCCUUCCUCCAGAAUAUCAAGUGCACAAUACUUUCAAUGUGUGCGACUUGUCCCCAUUCCCAACUGUUGAUGUUGAUGAUCCGUCGAAUUUGAGGACAAAUUCUUUUCAAGAAGGAGAGAACGAUGCAAUACGAAUUUCAUCAAAGCCAUUUACUAGAAGCCAAGCUCAAGACCUUCAAAGGAUGCAAGGGUUAUUCAUGAAGAUGGAGGUUCUCGAGAUGGUAUUGAUGGCAAACAAGGGAUUUCAAACCUUUAAGAUUGCAUAG